AUGCUGUUGAUGGUAGCCUACAUCCCUGCGAUCAAAACAAGUAUAAGUGGAACGCAGCUAAAUUACUGCAAAAAAAUGUCUGCAGUUCGCUGUCUUCUGUGAUGGGGAGUCGAGUGACCCGAGGAUUCCCCCAUAAAAUUCUUAUUCGUCUGCUAAAGUUGAUCAAUCAUGUCUAUGACCUUUGAGGCAGGGAGUAGAGUGAAGCUGCUGUUUGACUUCUGGGAUGUGCAGGGACCCGCAGGGAUGGUGCUGUCUGUGUUCGUGGUCCUCCUGUUGACAGUGUUCUACGAGCUGCUGAAGGUGUGGAAGGUCCAGCUGGGAAAGCCCUUAGAGCAGCCCACUCAGCCAGCCUUCCCACUGCCCUUCCUCCCUCCCCUCCACUCCUCAGACUGCCAGGGAAGCAGCGCCGUGUUUGCCAGUAGCCUGUCAGAGUCUUCUCUGGCCCCCACGGAACAGGCUGCUCCCACUCCCUCCCCCAUGAACAGAUGGCGUCUUCAUGGUAUCCAGACAGCCAUACACAUCCUGCAGGUGACUCUGGGCUACAUACUGAUGCUGUGUGUCAUGUCCUACAACACCUGGAUCUUCCUGGGGGUCAUCUUGGGCUCUGUCCUGGGAUACUUCAUAUGGUUCCCUCUACUGGGUCAAAUCUGAUCAAACAGCGGAAUCGAAAAAGUCCUUUUCCUGGACUACAGAUCUACAGGGACUAGAUAUCCCAUACCUGUUGGUCAAAGAUUUGAUCUGAAGAGCAUAUCGUACAAACUCCCAUGGUGUUUGUCAUUCUGACUCUGUUGUGCACUGAUGCGCAAUAUAUCUCCCUGUGACUGUGUCGCUUAUCAAGUUACCUGAAGUGGAAGGUUGUCACAGUAUUUCUUCCCUACUUAUACAUGAUCUUAAGUAAAAAGCAAGAUGGAGACUUCCAUAUAGUGACAGAUGUACACAGAGUACAGCAUGGUAGAUGAGUGAUCAAGCACACCCAUGGUACCUUUUUAUCACAAAGUUUCAUCAAGUUUUACAUUUUGUGUUCAAGCAAGGCAACUGUUACCCUGUACUAUGUACUACACAUCCACAGUCAUAAUUUUGACCAGGGCCCGUGAGUAGCUACAGGGCUUGAGUUCAAUGUUGUCAACCUGUGGUUACUUGACUUAAUGCAGGGCUGCCCAACCCUCUUCCUGGAGAUCUACUGUCCUGUAGGUUUUCUGUCCAACCCUAAUUUAGGAUAUCUAAUUAGUAGAAUCAGGUGUGUUUAAAUUAGGGUUGGAAUGAAAACCCACAGGACUGUAGAUCUCCAGGAAGAGGUUUGGGCAGCCCUGACCUAAGGUUUGUCAUUCUACCAUUUCACUCCAAGGUCAGACUUCCAGCCAGCACUAUAGUCACAAGACAACAUUGAGGAAUUGCCACCUUGACAGCACAGAAGCAUGUGAUGGAGUAUUGUAAACUCCAUAGAUACCCAAUGAGCCUGACAUGCAGUAACAGAUUGUUCUAGUGCUCUGAAAUACAGAGAACAGAAUCUGGGUCAUGUUGCGUUUUUUAAUCAUUUGCAAGAGAGCCACUGUGGAGAAACCAACCAUUUAGUGCCUUUUAUAUCCAAUAAACAGAUGGAUAUUUUCAUUUUAAUUAGCUAUUUUCUGUUGAAUUAUCCAGUAGCCUAGUUUGAAAACAUGGAUGAAUGCAAUCCUUUUUUUUAUGCCCAAUUGAUCUAUAAAGUCAACUGAAAGUAGAUAACGGACUAUUCAUACAAGGCUUCUAAAGUGGUUUUGUUCAAAAAGUUCCUAUUGAGAAAUACCCAUGUAGACAUGUGCUUACUGUUGUUUUAGUGUAAUUUUAUUCUAAUUAUCAAUAAAUACCACCAACUUUAAGAAUUUUCAGAAAAUCGAAUAUGAUAUAAUUGAUUUGAAAAUGCAUUUUAGUCUAGAGAUACAGAUGAACAAUAGGAAAACCAUAAAAUCAACUUAUUUAUUAAUCCAUACAACUAUACCCAGUCAUACAUAUAGCUAAACACAAUCAAUAAAAAGUUAUUGCAUGGAGCUUUACAUAUAAAAUAAAGAAUAUAGCAGAGGCUGGUGCAUUGAGCACCACACAGUAUGUGUCAUAAAUAAGAAGGAAACAGAGGCACUGAGUGAACUAACCCUUUAAGUCAUGGAGUUACAUGGAAAUAAUUUCCUCAAGGCUACAAACUGAUUAAGCCUGAUUUAAGAACAAUGUGCCUUGAAUAUACAGUGUCCAUAAACAUAGCAUUGAUAGUUUAGGAAAUAAUACAUUUGAUUUCCCUCAUUUUAAAAGAGUGGGGGAAAUGACUUGGUUAUUUUCCCAUGAUUCCCUUUGUUUGGCCAGAAGAGACUGACACAGAGGCCUCUUCAUGACAAGGUACAUAGCCUGCUGUCAGUCAUCCAGACCUCCCACACGCAGACAGCAUUCUAUCUCAAUGAGAUUCUGCUGAUGCGUCACAGUCAAAAGUUAUCAGCAGAGAAAGUCCCUUUAGUAACAACUGUAAGCAUAAUUAUGACGGUGGCAUUUCAGUAGCACUGUAGCCGACAUGGGACCUCUAGCAUCUAUAAUACGACUGUAGUGACUGCUACCAUUUGAGCAGCUCCCCUCACACUUAAGGGUUGGACUAACAUGCAUAGAAAAUCAGUCAGUAAGCAAGUGCCAUUUCAUGCUGAAGUCAUGCACUGUAAAAAUAUAGUGUUGAAACAAUAAGGCCACUUGUGAAAAUAAAACAAUUAUGGUUGAAAAAG